AUGGCUGUCACGGAUAGCAAGGCCGUGGCUGUAAAAGCCAGUGGCAUCUCUCAUCUGCUCUACGAAGCUCAGCCGCACUCGCACAUUCUCGGCGGACAAGCGCGUUUUCAAGAGUUGUUUAGAGAGUUCUCGUUUGGAGAGGAGAAAUCGGUCCAUCGACUGACCGUUCAGAGGGGCAUUCCUUACCGUGAGGAUGUCGAAUGUGCGAAGCUUGUCGAGAGAAAUCACACAUCGAGCCAUGAACCUGGCUUGACGGUCUUAUGCCUCCCUCGCAAGCAAAUUGCAUUGACACCAGCGGCGUUCGCCCAGCUGCUCGAAAGCUGUCAUGUGCCGCCCUCGUAUCUCGAGGUCCUGUCGAACAACAACGGCAUCUACUCGUCCUAUGUCCUGAGAGGGCACACGGGCCUCGCCACCCAUUAUUGUGCGCACAGUCUCGGCAAGUACAACACUCAGACUGACGCUGAAGCAGACUUGAUGGUCAAGUUUCCCUUUGGGCCCUUCUCGAACGGCUCGCUCUUCAUGUGCCAUUCCCUCGCUACGGGGCACACGACGUGCAUCAUCUCCGCCACGCAGGCCCAAAUCCUGGUCGACCGACUCUUCGACGUGUUCAGCCACUCUCCCCUGUCAUAUAGUUCGUCUGGCCCUUACGCCUUCACCCCUGCCGCCCUUCUGCUCGAACACAUGCGCAUCGCAAACGAGGAUGACCGAGGCGACAUCGACCAAUCCGUCUGCCGGAUCGAAAACCGCUCCGGCGUCUCCCUGCACAAUUUCGGGUCCAGGACCAGAGCCAAGAUAGGCGAGUACGUACUCUUGCAGCGAGAGCUGCACAUGCAAGACGCCCUGAUCGUCAUGGCAGAUCAUUGCUUCUCAUUUCACGCAAAGUGCGCGGCCUUUAUAGUCACCGAGGAGCAGGCUUUUGCAGCUCUCUUAUCCGCGAGACCCGACAACGACAGAGUCCCAACCCGGCAACAACAGGCCGACUACGUCCGCGCGAGUCUCACGUUCAACGCAAGCAUGUCGACGUGGACGCUGGAGCAGCUGCGCGGCUUGGAGAAGAGGCUGAAAGUGCAGCUUCGGGUCAUCGAUUCGACAAUCUCGGCGACCGACGCCCUCACGAUGAUUCGACUCGCCCGGGCGUCCCGCGCUGACAGUAACACCAUGAAAGCCAUCACCAUCCUGACCAUGGUUUUCCUCCCGGCGACGUUCGUCUGUUCGCUGUUCAGCAUGGGAUUUUUCGACUUCGCCGCCACGGGCGACGACGAAGACGACCCGAACCUCGAGGGCACGCAGCGCACGAUGCGCGUCGCGGGGUCGUUCUGGAUCUAUUUCGCCGUCGCGGUGCCCUUGACGGUGCUCGUGCUGGGCCUGUGCGCGGCGUGGCUUCGCUGGAGUGCCCGCCAGGAAGACGACAGCGGGGACAAGCCACGAGCGUGGGGGCAGCGAAAGGGGGACGGUAAGGAAUGA